AUGGUGCCUGGGGCCCUGGAACUCCCAGGAGACUGCUUAUUCUCCACCACAGCAGAGAGAAAGUCCCUGGGUGCUGGACAGAUGUCAUUUACCUUGGCCCAACUCAGAUCCUUGGAGAUUUGCCUGGAGGAAGCAGAAGAAAAGGCUAGAGCUUUAUCCGAACAGCUUGCAGUCUCUGAAGGAACAAAAUCAAAACUCCUUGAACAAGUUUCCUUGCUGGAGGAAAGACUAGAGGCGAUGGUCCAUAAGGAAGCCAGUGAGGAACCUCAUGAAAAAAUGGUUCUGGUGAAAGAUCAGUGCAUUGAGAAAUUACAAGCUGAAGUAAAAGCUUCCCAGGAGCAACUUAUAGCCCAUAAACUAAAGCACAAAAAGACAGUGAAAAAGCUACAAACUGAUUUGGUAACAGCUAAGCAAGAGGCUGCCUUCAGUCUGGAACUCAGUGAGAAGAUAAAGACUCUGUGUGAAGGGAAGCCAGCCCCUAGAGAAGGCAACUUGAUGGAAGAGUUCCGUGGAGGUCUCCCACCUGUGGAAGAAGGUGAUAGAAAAAUUAGCCUGAUUACGGAGUUGUCGACCCAGGUUUCCCUUCAGACUGAGAAGAUCACUCAGCUGGAAGAAGUUUUAGAGGAAAAAGAAAGGAAGAUUCAGCAGCUGGAAGCUGAGCGGAGACUCUGUCCUUCUCAAGAGGUCGAGGACCUUCCAGAAUGUUUACAAAAAACCCCAAGAAGCAUCACUCCUGUAGUCUCUGAUGAGGAUUUGUAA